CCGCCGUGCGGGAAGGCCCAGUCUCUUUUGUUGCGUUGACGGAACUGCCAUGAGCCGCCUCUUCGUCCUGUCGCUGCUGGUCAUAGCCGCGGUGUCUGCAAACGCAGAGAUUAGCUGUGAGCCUGGUACUGUCUUCAGACAGGACUGCAACACAUGUCGCUGUUCAGCUGAUGGAAAAAGUGCAGCUUGCACCCGCAAUGCAUGCCCAACAACCCCGAAACAGAAGCGAGAGACCUGUACACCUGGGACCUCAUGGCAAGAAGACUGCAAUUCAUGCCACUGCACAGACACUGGUGUGGCUGCUUGUACACUGAAAGCUUGCCUACCAAAAUCAACAGAACUACCACCAACUCAGACCUGUGAACCUGGGUCAGUAUUCAAGCAGGAUUGCAACACUUGCAGAUGUUCAGCCGAUGGAACAAAUGCUGCAUGCACGCUGAAAGCAUGUCUGCCUCUCAACAAAAAAAGGCGAGCUACUCAGACCUGUGAACCUGGGUCAGUAUUCAAGCAGGAUUGCAACACUUGCAUAUGUUCAGCCGAUGGAACAAAUGCUGUAUGCACGCAGAAAGCAUGUCUGCAUUUCAACAAAAAAAGGCGAGUGCAUUUUGGGCACAGAUGUAAGCCUGGAACACAAUUUAAGGAGGGCUGUAAAACGUGUUGGUGUGCAUCAGAUGGACUUGCUUCCUACUGUGAACCAGACACAUGUCCUGAAGUUUCCAGACAAAAGAGAGGUAUUGAAUAUGCACUGAGGUGUGAUCCUGGCGAAGUAUUCAUGAGGGACUGCAAUAUUUGUAUCUGUUCAGUAGAUGGAAUAGCAGAUCAUGCAUCCUGUACCUUUCACCAGUGCAGGAGAUUUAAGAGAGCAUCAUUCCCGGUAUAUGAAGGCUGUGUUCCAGGGAGUAGCUGGAAACGUGGUUGCAACACUUGUUACUGUAGCUAUGAUGGUCAUCAUGCCUUCUGCACCCUCAAGUCCUGUGAAGUGGAAGAGAACACAGAGGAUACUUCUGAGCGAUAGAAAUGGUUAUUCCUGCAAUGACAUCAAAAAGACACGUCACAGUUUAUAUCUGUUUAUAGAUACUGAUAGCAUUGUUACAUAAGUGCUAAGGGCUGUGUAAUGUCAGCUUGUUAUUCUCUGGUUUUACUUUACAUAAAUCUGACAAUGAUUUAAUAUUGAUUUGUUGAUUAUUAUUAUGAAAAACCAUUUCAUGCCAGAAGCACAAAAAAAAAUUCUGUAGAUUACUUCAAUCUCAGUUCUCAAGACAAAGAGUUAUGAUGGGAAUGUGCGCUGAACUGCAAGGCUUCGGAGAUUCCGUUGUCUGUUAAUUGGGAGAACACACUGGAUGAAAAUGAUUUAAUAUCAUACUUCCAUUAGUGAGAGAAAUUUGUUAGUGCUGGAAUUUUUGUCUGGUUUUUGUUUUUGCUAGUGGUAGAUGCUUACACUGUAAUGGGAACAGAGGUGUUUGUACUUAAUUACUGAUAUGUAUCAUGAUCUUUGUAUAUAUAGUCCAAUUAUCUGUUGACUUGUGUGAUUUCAACUUACACUAAUUUAUAUGUUAAGACAAUUUCAUAUAUGUUUUUAAUUAAAUUGCCUUUCUAUAGAAAAAACUGGAAAGAAAACCUCUUUGUCUGAAACAAAGGAAUUGUGAUUCUUAAAUGGAUCUGAUGAAUGUGUUAAAGUUAAAUGACAUACCUGUAUGUUUUCAAUGAAAAAUAAAAACCAUGACACCAAA